GAAUAUUCCUCUGGAGUCUGGUCCAAGUCUAGGUCAACCCAAGGCCAACCCGUGUAAAUAUGCUCGGGGUCUAAUAUCAUAUCACAUUCCAGAACAGAACAAAAAAAUAUCGUAAUUCAUGCAGAUUCUUGGCAGAAUAUUAGCAUCACCCUGACUUGAACCCUGAAAACGUACUCGUCCUAAUCGGACGAGAAUAAAAUGCGGAUGGGCUCCCAGCAUCUACUACUAAUAUGAGAGCGUUGCGGCAUCUUCCCAGUCUAUCGGCCCCCUCAUCGCUUGAAGGAUCUCAGCAGCACACAUUGAUUGUGUCCAGCAAGAUGGCCCUUACCGUCGCUGGCAUCUCGUUUGGCCCCUUGCUCGCAGGCUUUGCCCUUAACACAAUUUUGUACGGCGCGCUGGUCACAUCAGUACUCUUAUACUUUUCUUCCUUCAAAAGUGACGGUGGAUGGAUACGACUUCUUGUGUCAACCCUUUUGCUGUUAUGCACAGCCAAUGUGAUCCUGGAGUAUGUCUUCUUGAAUAACACCCUUAUUAUUCACUUUGGGGAUCAAUAUACUCUGUCCAGAGCCAACUGGGUCUUCUCCUUACUACCUGGCAUCACGGGUGUUAUAUCCACCCUCGUUCAGCUUUUCUUCGCCUGGAGAAUCCGCGUUUUGACGUCUAGUGUCUGGCUAGUCGGGAUCAUCGUCUUUCUCGCGAGUGCUGCAUUCCUUUGUGGCAUUGGAACCACAAUUGCAAUAAACAUGGUGCCUGUGUUCACCCAGUUUCAUAGAUUCGAAGUCGUAUUUGUCAUCGGCCUUGCCUCUUCUGCUCUGGAUAACCUCCUGAUUACCGGGUUGCUUGUCCGUUCCCUGAGAGAACAUAAAACUGGUUUCAUGGACACUGAUCAUAUCAUCAAAAAGAUAAUACGAGUCACUCUACAGACCGGUCUGUUAACAGCAAUAUGGACCCUUGUUGAUCUAGCCGUAUAUAUAGCACUUACCGAUGGCAUGCAUCUCGUCUUUAACCAAUCUCUCGCACACUUUUACACGAUUUCCCUCAUGUCGACAUUGAUAACUCGUCCACGAGACAAUGCUUACACCGACUUCACUGUUGUGAAUGGAGAGCAACCUGAUAGAAGGAUUGAUCGGAGAAGAAAUUCCGAGAUGGUUUUCGACGCCGUCAGCCUAAAGAAAUUCGACACAGCCCACGGCCCCACGGACACUGUGCAGUGACAUGUAUGGUGCAUGUGUCGCAUUGUAUUAUUAUGAAUACUGCAAGCAUGUAGAUAGAAAACUGCAUCUGUUCCAUAUUCACAACUCUGCAUUGACGUUUGGUCGUGCGCACAGACCAACAUUAAUAUUGUUACAUACACGUAGUUGGCGAUAAGUAAUUGCUUUACCUCAUACAUUGUGGAGACUUUACGUCUGGAAGAUGAUUGCCUUCUCUUGAUAGACUAUCACCAUGAAGCUUAGCAUCUGAUGGCAUCGACAACUGAG